AUGUCCAUCCUCGCGGAACCGCGUAGGAAGCAGCGGAUUUCGGUUGACCCCCAGAAUCUGCAAUGGGCAAAUGACGACUCAAAAUUCGGCAAGAAGCUGAUGCAGCAGAUGGGUUGGAAAGACGGUGAAGGGUUGGGCGUUGGCGGGCGAGGCAGUGCCCAAAAUCUGAAGGUCAAGGCCAAUCUUACUGGGAAAGGACUCGGAGCGACAGGUUCCUACGAUGAAACAUGGAUUGCGCACCACGACGAUUUUGCUGAUCUGCUCACCGCACUGAAUGCUGAGAAAACGGUCAAGGACGUCAAUGAAGAAGAAGCUGAGGAUCGUGUGAAGAAGGUCAGCCUGGAGUUGACGUGUCGGUCCUUGAAACGCAGAAUUAACUAUCAAAGAUUCACAAAGGCCAAGGACCUCAACAACUAUGAUGACAACGAUAGGAAGGCUGUGCUUGGGGUGGGAUUGAAGACGAAGAAUAAGAAGAGCAGGGAAGAAAAAGCCAAAGCCAAGAAGGCCGAGGACGAUUCAGAUGAUGCUGAGAAGGAGGAACCCACAAAUCACACAGUAAGCACGCUUUCCGUUGGCGAUUACUUCAAAGAGAAGAUGGCGGCCAAAUUAGCAGCGCUCAAUAAUGCAUCCGCAGAUGUUGCUCCUAAUAGUGAAAAUGAGCCGGAAGAGGUUGCUGAACCGGUAGAGCAGCCAAAGAAGAAAAAGAGCAAGAAAGAUCGCAAGGAGCCCAGGGAGGAACAGGUUGAAUCGAUAAAUACUGAAGAGCCCGCUGAAGAAGAAACCUCUAGAAAGAAGAAAAAGAAGAGUAAGAUGCAAGAGGCUGAAGAGUGCGAAGCAGAGUUGAUUGAAACAGAGGAACCGCCAAAGAAAAAGAAGAAGAAGGAGAGGGUCGAGGAAGCCGAGGAUGCCUUUGAGCAAGAAGACAGCGGGAGCUCGGAGAAGAGAAAGAAGGACAAGAAGAAGCGCCGAGAA